AUGGAAAACUCUACUCACUACGAGAUCUUUAGGCUUGCUGCAUACGGUGAUAUCGGACAAUUGAAGUAUUUCUACUUUGCUCUAGUAACUGUAAUAUAUUUUGUCAUUAUUCUUGCCAAUGCUUUGCUUAUUGGAGUUAUCUGCAUUGAAAGAAGCCUUCAUGAACCCAUGUAUCUGUUUCUAUGUGCUUUGUUUGUUAAUCAGUUGUAUGGGAGCACUGGUUUGUUUCCUGCUCUCAUGUUUUACUUACUCUCUGACACACAUGAUAUUUCCCUUCUUUAUUGUUAUCUCCAGAUUUAUGUGUUGUACACAUAUGCUAUAACAGAAUUUUGUAAUUUAGCAGUUAUGUCCUAUGACAGGUACAUCUCUAUUUGUUAUCCUCUACAGUAUAACAAUAUUAUGACACCUAAAAUAAUUUGUGGCUUAAUCCUACUGCCCUGGGUGUAUUCUUUUUUCAUCAACGCCAUCAUUAUCUCCCUGAGUUUGCGACUGCAGUUUUGUGGUAACGUUCUAGACAGAGUGUAUUGUGACAACUACUCAGUAGUCAAGCUUGCCUGUUCAAAUACUAUGCUGAAUAACAUAUGGGGUUUUGUUGUCACUGUGAUAUCUUUUUCCUGUACUAUAUUUCCUACCAUAUACUCAUAUGUAAGAAUUCUACAAAUAUGUUUAAAGUCUUCUAAAGAGAUGAAACAGAAAGCAUUUAACACCUGUACACCACARAUAGCCUCUUUGCUGAACUUCUCCUUUGGCUGUUUAUUUGUGAUUCUACAAGGCAGAUAUGAAACUGCUCAUCUUCCACCUAUACUUCGCACUAUUUUAUUAGUUUAUUUUCUGAUAUGUCCACCACUUUUCAAUCCUUUAAUGUAUGGCGUUAGGAUGGUUAAAAUCAGGCAGGCUUGUAACAAGGUACUAGGACUUUACCCUAAAACAUAAACUGAUUAUUUUUGUAAUAUUGAAUUGUGUUUUGUUACUUAUAGUUGCUAUCAUUGACUGUACAAAUAUGUAUAAUUUUGCCAUAAUUUCUCUGUAGACCAAUGAUUAUUGUAAAGCAUCAAGUUUAUAUUGUAUUGUAACAGAAUGUUUUGUGUCAUAUUAGCUAGUUAACUGCAUAACUACAGAGCAUCA